UCGCGUCCUCAAGAGCACCUGAGAGGAUCUCGGCGAAGCGGAAGGCUCUGGUGCCAGCUGGGAGAGUCUGCGCCGGAUUUCCUCAGCUCCUUGGCGCGUUUCCUCGGAGCCGGGGGAGGCAAAGCACGGACCCCGGAGUCGGCGCCCAUAGCCGGACGCCCUCGCGAGGGGCGGGAGUGCGGGGAGGUGGGUGUGCGGGCGGCGCGCUCGCCCUCCAGCUGCAGCCCGCGCCGAGCGCGCAGGGCCAGCGAGCGCCGGCGCCUCCAGCAUGGAGUGGGAACUCAACUUGCUGCUCUACCUGGCGCUCUUCUUCUUCCUGCUUUUCUUACUUUUCCUCCUGCUCUUCGUGGUCAUCAAGCAGCUGAAGAACUCCGUGGCCAACACGGCCGGGGCGCUCCAGCCCGGGCGCCUCUCGGUGCACCGCGAGCCUUGGGGCUUCUCCCGAGAGCAAGCGGUGUGACCCGAGUGCGGGCACUGGCGGGAGGGCACCGAGCUGCGCGGGCGCUGAGCUGGGUCUCCGCCUCGAUUCUCCGUCCUCGCGGCCUCCCAGCUUCCAGAGCCGAGCUGCUGCCCUUGACUGGUUCACAGAGGACCACAGCUGCAGUGACAGUUUGGGCCUGCAAAAAGACCGCUGGAACAACGGGAGAUGGAAGCUUUCUGCAAAUGGUGUUCAUAAUGGCUUCAGAUCUUAUCAGGACAAUCUUGGUUGUUGCACUAAUUUCCAAACUUGGCACAGCUGUAGAUGCAGAACUGAUGCCAUCUGGUGCGAUUCUACAGAAUAAGAGAGAAAAUUUACCCAGAGUGUGCCAUGCACUGGCUUUUCUGGGAAUGGCAAGGUGCCAGGAUUUGUUUUUGGUUCGCUUGCAGGGGUGGAAACUUGGAACUAGGUUCCAAGAUGGUCCCCACAGCUCCCCACAAGAAGAAGGAGGAAGCCCACAGAGAAAAUGGGGCAUGCCAGUUCAAAUCCACUUCCUUUUAAAGAGCUUCCUCAGCAGCCCAAUAACUUUGGCCUUCAUCUCACUGGCCAGAACUGUGUCAUUGGCUACUGCUAUCUGCAAGAUUGUCUGAGAAAUGUAGUUUUUGUAGCUGGAUAUAUAACUGCCUUUGACAAAAAUCCAGUUUCUCUUGAUGAGGAAGAAGAUGGUGGUGGAUCUUGGGAGGACAACUAACAUUUUAUGCCCUGGCUAUAAAAUACAGUUGCAGAGGAGCAUAAAGUUCAAAAAGAUCAAAACUCUAGUUCUUUCACACUGUCAAAGCUCCAAGCAGCACUGCUCCCCUCUGACAGAGUGAGCAGAGUGAAGGCAUGUCAGGUGUUCUCACAAAAGUCUUGACAGGACUGACCUCUCUCAGCCAAUAUCCUUGUCCCACAUCAGGAUUUUCUAGAGGGCCCUGGGUACCUGUGCACUUCCUUGGUGGCCAUAACCUCUUUAUGGAGGGUUGGUGUAGGAUAAAGAAUGUUCUAUUACGCUGCUCCCUCAUCUGCAUCAUUUCUCUCCUCUCUAAUUUUCCUGUCAGUUAUAUUUUGGUGGAGUCUGGGUUUGUGUAUUUGAUUCCUAUAAAAAGACCAUCGCUUUCAUGCAUGGAGGAGGGGAAUCUACGCAAAGAAAGGCUACCUUACUCCUUUCUGUGACUCCACCACCAGUCUAGGAAUAUCCUAGGAGAAGAGUUGCCUCUCAAAGCUGCUUCUAUAAGCAGCCUACAUCCUAGCUAAGCAAAGAAGAGACACUUCCCACAUCCAGGGCUGUCUAAAAGAACUUUCUGUGAUGACAGAAAUGUUCUAUAUCUGCAGUGUCCAAUAUGGUAACCAUUUAGGCACAUGUGGCUAGUGAACACUUGAAAUGUGGCUAGUGUGACUGAGGAAGGAAAAUUUAAAUUUUGUUUAAUUGUAAUUAAUUUAAAUUCAAAUAGCCAAAUGGGGCUACUAGCUAUUGUGUUAGAUAGCACGGUAUACUUUAUUCUCUUUCUUGUGUUGUAGAACCAGCUGGGAGAGGUGUGGGUCAGUCAUGGGCUUGAUGUCCCAUGGUCGUCACUAUUCUAGCUUGCCAUUGAACUUGUCUCCCAGAGGAAAAGAGAGAAUGGUAUUUGGAAUUAAAUUCAAGAUGUUAACUUGACAUCUAUAUAUUGCACAUAUUCCUGUAUAGUGAAUGGAAUGGUCUCCUGGGAAUAGUUCCUGUGAUUGAUUUUAGUGAUAACUGAUCAUGAAGAAAUGGCAGUACUGCUCCACUUCACCUUCCUAGUGACUAUUAUGUGUUCCUAGUCAGAGUGACUCAGCAGAGAUUAUUCUCUUGUGCAAUUUAUUCUGUGUCAUUUUAUUUUUGUAAUAUUGUGGCAGCUAAAUGAUUAUUCUGUGUAUGUUUUUCAAAAUAUUAGGUGGCUUAUAUUUUUUAAAAGGCUAUGAAAUAAAAAUAAACUAUAUGUAACACAGUU